AAACCUCAUGGCAAUGGCAAAAGAGGAUUGUUGUGUUGCCAAAAGUCUACUGUACAUAGUAGCUAGAUACUGCUGCUGAGUGCUGUAUUCCAUUGACAAUAUCUCUGAUAUUCGCACCGUAUCAAGUAGUAGUCACAGGCUGGGAGUGGUCAGUAAUGAGUUGAGUACCGCAAAUGGUGGAACACACACAAGGAAUCCAAUCCAACACUCAAGGAGCACCAUGUCGUCAUUGAAGAAUGCCCGUCUUGUCACGCAGACACAAGAAGAAGAGCGACAAGAGAGUCCUCCGGAUGCCGAAAACAGGACGAUGGACGAGAACCAUGAUGUGCUGGUAUCAUCAGGGGUCGACAACAACACUGCUGUCAAGCCCAAAAAGAAACGCAAGAGACGCAUCAGUGUCAUUCCGGCAGCAUUGAGGCCCAAAAAGAAGAAACCCAAACUACUGGAAGAUCCUCCAGCCGAACAAGAGUCACAGAGAGUCAAAGAAUUAUCCUCGCAAAAAGACAAGAAAAAGAAAAAGUCCAAAUCGAAAAAGGAGAGACGCAAUAGUACUGGGAGUUCUUCUCUCAUGUCUCCUUCCAGCCCACUGUUGUCUUACAAUCGACCGAAACGACAAUCAUCACCUACACAACAACCACGUCUCUCCUUGGGAAGUAUUUUGGAAUGUUUACCGCAAGACCCGAUAAACAGUAGCAAACCAAGGACGACAAAAGCACCAUCUGCCAAGAGCAAGCCACGAAAACAGUCCCUGCCGAAGAGUCGAAAGUCGGUAGACCACAAUUCACACACCCAAAAACCACGUCCGAAUGCCUCCAAGAGAAAAGCUUCUGCCCGAAAACGUACUCCAAAGGCAGAAAGCAAUGCGGAAGAGGAGGAGGAUGUGCGUAGUUCACCCAGACAGAAUCAACGACCGGAUCGGUCUCCUGCCGAUUAUCCCUUUGAUCCCCUCCAGAGCCCACAACUGACUACUAAUACCAAAGCAGAAAAGAAGAAACGACGCACCAAAUCCCAUUCACCCAAACCAAAAGAGGACAGUCUACUCCAACAACAAACACCCACCACUCAACAAACGUCCGAAUCCCCUCGGCGGCCCAAAACGACAAGCAAAACCAGAGCCACAGCCGCGGUCAAUCAACAAUACCAGCGUCAGUUGCUGACCAGUCCGGUCCAACGACAGGAAGAAUCUGUCUCCUCUAAGAAUAAAGUGCACGAAUUUGCCACGAAGAAAAGCAACACGGAUCAGAUCAACUCCGCCACAUCAAUCGACCAUAGAAAGGGCGAGAGCUCCAACAAUCAUAUGCACCCAGAUGACGAGGCUGUGCGGAACAACAGUGACAAAGCACAGAUCAAGGCCCGCCAUGAUGAUUCGGGGCAGCACUAUAGUGGGGCAGAGAAGAAGACGACCUCCGCGACCAAUAACGCUACAGAAUCAGGCACGCUUACUCAACAAGAUUUCUCCACGACCCACGAGUGUCAAUUACAACAAAAGACUGGCAACGGGGACCAAAACAGCACUGACGAUGAAACACAACAAGACACCAAAAUCCAGGCACGAGCUACCAACAGGCGCCGCAAUUCCGAUGACAUGAUGGUUCUCUGGCUGCGCAAUCGGCAGCUAGAGCGGGGAGGGACUUGCGACAAAGAACCAGGGCCAAUUGCAAUCGCCAAUACACCCGUCAAAACUGUCAUGAAAGUGGUGCUGCCGACACCCGACGAAAGAGGGUUGCGUAUUAAUGGUACAACGAGAAGAGGCGUCACUGCCAAGAAGAACAAGAAGGAAAUGGCCGUUUCGAAAAGUAGUAAGGGAUCCGACAACAAUAAGAUUGCUGCUAAUAGCGACAUUCCCAAGAAGGCUUCCAAACGAAAGACAAAAAGAAAGGAUUCUCGUGCUCCCAAACAACGUGGCAAGUCGACAAACAGUGGAGAAUUAGACGAGCCAGCUCCAUCGGCACACGAUGACGAUGACAAACUCGGUAGCGUUGAAAACGGGGAUGCGACAACGGAAAAGACAAGUACCAGGCGAACUAGUCCUCGAAGGCGAACCAAUGCCGACUUUGAAUCUACAACCAGCGGAGAAGCCGACGUGCAAGUUCCUCGACCACAUGAGGACAACAAGUCUGACAAAGUUGCCACUCUGGACAAACCGAAAAGCGCAAGGCGCACUAGUCCACGAAGGAAUAAGUCAAGCCACCGUUCCAAGCAAACCAUUGGAGAAGCAGACUUCCCCGUGGCAGCGGCGCACGACGACAAUCUACCAAGCAUUGAAAAUGCUGGUGUCACUCUGGACAAAUCGAGCACAAGGCAAACAAGUCCAGGCGGGAAGCCACUCGACGAUUCAAAGCGCCCCAGCCCUGACCCUGAAGUCGCAACCAGGAUUCAGGAUGAGAAACGAAAACGUUGCAUAGAAUCGGGAAUGUCUCAGGGACGCGCUUUCUUUGACCAAAACCAGGGUGUUCUGACGCGAUCUGCUAGAAAGCGCAAAAGGGAGGAGCGCAUACGGUUGCAGCAGUCAGCAGAAGGCCCAACUCUUCCGCGCAUCAAAGCCAAGGGGAAAUCGCCCCUGUCCAAGGGAUCACAGACACGUCCCGCACCAAUGGAAGAACCAAUAGUAGAUGACAAAGAAGCUGUCGACGACGAGCAAUCCUUGCUGACUGUUGAGAAUGCACCAGAAAUGGUAGAUGAGGCGAGCCUCGAAACCAAUGAGGGCACCGAAACGAAAGGACUUGGCGAGGAGCGACAACCCAUAGCAGACGAUGGCCAUGUCGACGACAAGCAAUGCGCGGAGGCAUUUCCAACUGUUGAGGAUGCACCGGAAACUGCAGGCGCGACGAGCGUUGAACAAUCCAAGUCAGACGACCGGCACGAGGCAGGGCCUUUCUCAAUUACUCACGAAGCAUCAGAAACAGCAGAUGCGACAAGCCUGACAGCCAAGGAAUCCAUCGACGCUAAGAAACACGUUUUCGACGGGCGACAACACAUGUCAGAUGAUGGCCAUGUCGACGACGAGCAAUGCACCGACGAAUUCCCGACUUUUGAUGAUGCACCAGAAUUCCCGACUUUGGAGGAUGCAGCAGCAGUAGUAGAUGCAUUCCUGUCUGUUGAUGAUGCACCAGAAGUGGCAGAUGCGAAAACCGCUGAACCCAUGUUAGACGAUGGCCAUGUUGACGGUGAGCAGGGCGCCGAGACAUUCCCGCAUGUUGACAAUGGCCCCAAAGCGGCGAGUCUUCAUGCCAGCGAGGCCAAUGAAACGGACGAACCUGUUGCGCGAGAAGCAAAGGGGAAGGGCAACAUCUCCGAUCAAGAUGGCACAACAAAGUCGUUCACGCAAGAAAAAGAAUCUCCCGAGCGCCAAUCCCAUGCGGAAGAUCCUCCUGCAGAGGCCAAUGCUCCAACCGAGGACAAGAAUCAAUCGAAGCCACGUGCUGACAGCAGUUCGAACGAAAACCCAGAGGGCGCCAUCGACGAGUCUAGUAGCAAUUGCAAUUGCACCGCAGGAAAGGCGACUAGAUUCAGCGCUAACAGCAAAAAGGCAGCGCGGAAACGAAAGGUUCCCAAACGAAGGCUGAGAACAUUUUCGAUUCCGAAGAAACCUAUGUGUGGGUCGACCAGCGAUGAUGAUACUUCCGAUUAUGAAGACGAAGAUGAGGACGACGAAGACGACCUUGAAAUUGACCCUGACAUCGAAACCGGCAUCAACGCUCACAGUGGUGACAAGAGCAAGAAACGUCCUGGAAAGACCACCACGAUUGAGGUUGGAACACCCUACGAGAAGAGGAUGCAGUUUUCCGACGUCAAAAGUGUUUUGUUUCGGGGGACCGCUGAUUCCAAGACUGCAACCGACACGACGCCACGAGGGUCGCCCCAAACGAAACAGAAGCCGCACAAGAAGGCAGGUUCCAGAAAAACUCGAAAGGACAAGGGUGUCAAACGUGGUCCUCGAAAACCCAAGUGCGAGGAUGCCACCAACGAUGAUGCACAGAAAUCAAGCACAAAGGGCCGUCUUGGCUACUUCACAUCUAUCAGGUGCGGCGAUUGCAUUGGAUGUCGUGCACUCCAGAACUGUGGCAAAUGCAAGCCUUGUUUGGACAAGCCUGAAUUCGGAGGUCCUGGCAAAACUGGCAAACUCUGUGUGUUGAAACGCUGCAUCAAGCCAGUGGGUGGCAAGCGAAUUUCGUAUGCGGCUGCCAAGGCUGCAGCUGCUCAAGAGGCAUCAGUGCCGUCCAGUGGCAUGUUGCAACCUCUCCGCAAAACUCCCAAGGACGACUUGGACAACGAGAGCAUGUCCUUGUGCGAGUCAACGACAGAAGAGUUGAGCGAUAUGGAGUACGAUGAAGAAAAGACGCGAGAUAUCAUUGCCGUGCUUCAGUCAUCCAGAAGCCCUGCUGCUAAACCAGCUGAAAUCUCCACUUCCCACAGUGACGAUGAAGCAGCAGCUGAUGCCCACGCUGGUCCUUUUGAUAUUUUGGGUGGUUUAGGCUUUGGUACUACUAAAACAGUGUCGUCGGAAGUGGGACCGGCCGACGUGGCACGAAAGAUGGAAGAGCAACAACGAUCCGAGAUGCUCGAUUGGAAGGGGGAAGCCGACCGUGCCUCCGACUCGGAUUCCGAUGGCGAAGACGACGCCUUCCUGCCCCCGCCACCGGCGGCGGAGUACUUCUACUAG